AGUUUUCGAUAUAAAAUUGAUUUCCUCAAAUAAUUCAGAAUAUAUCCAAUCAAAAAUCAUGCUUGUUGCUGACUUGAUUAGUAUUUUAAUCUCAUGUUGGGGGGUAUCUUCCAUGGUGGUAACGCCUGUAGCUGGAAGCAGCUGUACCAUCACCGACUACUCUGAAGUUUCAAAGGUAGUGAGCAGCUGUACAAAAAUAGUUUUGAAGAGUUUUGAGGUACCUGCUGGCAAAACACUAAAUCUAAACUUGCAACCAGGAACUUUUCUAAUUAUCGAUGGUACUAUCAAAUUUGGGAAAUCUAACUGGGCUGGACCCCUGGUGAAGAUUCAAGGACGUCGAAUAAAAGUAUCAGGAACACCAGGUUCUGUAUUUGACGGACAAGGAGCAGAAUAUUGGGAUGGAAAAGGCAGUCAAGGAACGAAAAAACCGGUGUUACUCAGAGUAAAUGCACAUGAAAGUGAAUUUUACAACAUCAAUCUAUUGAAUUGUCCUCUACGCUGUGCUUCUAUUGGAGGAUCUGAUAUUUUCUUGAAUGGCUGGACUAUUGAUGUCUCUGAAGCAGGUAAUCUUGGAGUUAAUACAGAUGGAUUUGAUGUAUCUGGGCACAACAUGACAAUCAUAAACUCCCGAGUCUUCAAUCAAGAUGACUGUGUAGUGGUGAACCGUGGUUCUGACAUGUUUUUUCAAAAUAUCUAUUGCAAAGGAGGUCAUGGACUCAGCGUCGCAGUGGGAAUUGAUCCUACGGUAUACGAGAAUAAUGUAGUAUCCAAUAUUACCUACCAAGAUUGCAUUGUUGAAAAUUCGAUCAACGGGAUUCACGUGAAAACUGUUAAAGGCGGUGGACCUGGUUUGAUCAGUAAUGUCAACUAUAAUCGUAUUAGAAUGAUGAAUAUCAAAGAGUUUGCGAUAAGAAUACACCAGGAUUAUCCAUCUAAUGAUAAAAAACCCGUAGGAAAUGUACCAAUUGACGAUUUGAAAAUAUCUCACGUUGAAGGCAAUAUGAAAGGACCCAGAUCUUCCGUAGUCGAAGUUCUUUGUGCUUCUGGAGCAUGCUCUAAUUGGAAGUGGUCCGAUAUUUCUGUAACAGGAAAUAAGCUGCCUUGUUCCAUGAACUAUAAGCCUUCUGGAUUCUCUUGUUGAAACGAAUAAACUUCAUUAGAAACU